AUGUUAUUCUUUGUCCAACUUCUCACAGAGGACCGAUUCGACAUCGAAUGGCAGAAUGCUUCCGCUGAUCUUCCUCAUCUGCGAAUACUCUGCGAGGAUGGCGACAAGAAGGAUUUCACUUACAAUGUUCAGGUGCACAUGGAGAAGGAGUAUCAAAUCUGUUACUCAUCGCGAGAGCCUAUACCAUUCGUUCCUUCUAUUCCACUGAGUCAAGAUUCUGCGAAAUAUCGAGUCGUCGAAUUGUUGGAUCACAUAACCACAUACAAGUAUAUUGAAGCUAUCGAGAAUCGAAUCAGUAGUCAAUCUCUCUCAAAAUCCUUCGAGGCACGGAUGUUCGUGCCAACGGAUAAUGAAAGAGGCUCUACCGAAGACAGUGAUCUUGAAGUCAGUGUAGGCGAAAAGUUUUGUUUUGAAAUCAAGAAUCUGAGCGAGGAUGUCCUAUACAUCUACCUUUAUACGCUACGGCCGGAUUGGUCGAUCAUAGACCAACUGACUGCGUUUAGAUCAAGCGAGAUGGUUGUGCUUGGUCCGUCUUGUCGUUUCGACAUCGCCCUUGAAGCCGAUCUAUCGCAAGACUCUCACAACUUCCAAGUUACAAGUGAAGACGAAGUAUUCAAGCUUUUCGUGACCAGAAGGCCGGAUUCUUUUGCAGGACUGAAGAUGGAUUCGCUGUCGAGCUCUCCCACACGUGGGACUCUCAACACCCUGGGAAAUUUCCUUGAUACAAGGAGAAAAAGAUGCCGUGGAAAUAGUGAUAGCGACCACGAAGAAGAAUGGUUCACGAAAAACUUUAUUGUAAAGACCAAGGCUGCAUCUAUGUAA